AUGGACGACUUCGAAUAUGUAGAACUCAUCCAGCGCUUGAGCAUCCAGCUAGAGACUCAACAUUUCAAAGACUCGUCGCUCAACUCUACGUUAGCCAUCCUUUCGCUGUUCAAUGACGACAUCAUAGCCACAGACAUCCAGUUCGACUUCGUGCUAGAGAACCAGCGUGGAAUGAAAUUGUUUGGCAUACCUCUCUACUCCAAGAACUCGCUUCUUCCUCUCAUAGAUCCAUCCACCUACCAAUCGAUCAAGGGAAAACGGCUUCUCAUCUCAGCGGACCAUUUGAACAACUUUCCGCUUCCCGAUUUCAGCUGGACCUGGAGCUGGGACUCGUGGUAUGUUCUAAUGUGCAACGACGUAGACGACCAGGGCUGGGUGUAUUCAAAUUUGUUCUUCAACAACUACUUCACGGACAGAACCUGGAAAGGAAAAUACUAUCUAGGCAACUUUGUCCGUAGACGGAUCUGGGUCAGAAUGAGAAAGAAGAGCGAGAUUAGUGGAUCAGAUAACAGAAAAGGAGAAUGA